AAGGCGUUGGCAUUUAAACGCAUAUAAGUCUUCUCGUGAAUUGUUUGAUCCGAUACACGAUUAAGGUGAGAACACUUACAGGUCUGAGCCAUUUAAAGAUAUGAGGAGUCAAAGGCAUGGGGGCGUGUAAAGGUCUGUGCCAUUUAAAGGUCCGGCGUUUAAAGGUCUGCGGCGUUUAAAGGUCCGGCGUUUAAAGGGCCGGCGGGCGGGUGGCUGCAGGUGUCACGUGGUCUGACGUCACACUGCGGGCUGAGGUGGACCAGUGUGUUGACAUGCGGGGCGACGAGGGCGGCAGGUGAGUCCCGUCCCUGCCUCUGCCCUGCCCUGCCCUUCCCUGCCAGGCCCUGCAUCACCCUGCCCCUGCACCGACACCCCCAGGAGGCCCCGCACGCCCCGCCCCGCCCUCAGUAGCAAGGCGCCGUCGGGGGUUCGGGGGUUCAGGGGUUCAGGAGUUCCUCGCCCCCGUCCCUCCGUCAGGCCAGGGUCUCCAGUCUGGACAACCCUUCCUAAAGUGAUAGAUGAACCUGUCACACUCGCCCAGGUGACCCCACCUUGCCUUGGAGCCUCACACACGCCACAACAAUGACAUCCAAGAAGGAACACCCAACCUAGUCAGCCUCCCUCCCCUCUCGUCCCUCCACCACCGCCCACAGCAGCCUUCCUCUCCCCCUGCCACCACAACGCGCUGCUUCCCGCCCGACCCCGCACCACGCAACGAGAAUAGAGCCUGGGACAUCUGUUGUGGAUGUUCUUUGCCAUCUCUGCUGUGAUUGGAUGUUGUCUUUGUCGAGCUCUUGCGUUUUCUUUACAAAGAGCGCUCCGCUCCUAGAUGUCUUGUCUGCUUUAGUUGCUAGGUGAUUAGUUUAAUAUAUAACACAUACUCCAUUCUAGUCAAACAAAUUUCUUUAUACAAGUACAGAGAUAUAUUAUUUUUGUAAUUUAAUUUAGAUGUUAUGCAAUCUGCUGUAGAAGAGUACCAUAGUAUUAACUACGAUGGAGAAGUUACCGAAAGUUUCCUCUCAGUCAAGCUCUCCUGUGAAGAGCGCAAAGAAGGGGGAACACAAAGUCCAGUUUUCUGAUGAAGCAGACCUUAGACUUCGAGGACAGAAAGUAUGCGGCAAGCCUCCAGAGGUGCCCCGAGCCCCUCCAUACAGCCGGAGUAGCAGUAGGCUCAGUGGCAGCAGUAGCAUCAGCAGCAGUAGUAGCAGCACCAGUAGCUCAAGUAGGUUCAGCACCAGCAGUGGAGGGAGCAGCUCAACCCUGGAGAGGUCAGUGAUUAGGGGCUCAGACACUUCAGGACUGACCUCCUCUCUGGACCGCAAGAGAUCAGGGUCUGUCAGGAAUAAGACUUCUGACCGCUUUCAAAAGAGCGACUCGAGCAGGAGCCUCUCGCUGGACAGAAGAAGAGCAGAAGGGAACCGGCGGGAGAGCGCGAGCCCCAGCAACUCUAGCUCGGAGAGAAAAAGGCGAGAAUGCGAGAACAGAGACAACCAGAACAGGGAGAAGAAGCCGAAGACCAGACCGCCAGGGACUGUGCACACCAGGAGUCACUCUGGGGAACAGGGUCGGCUGCUCACCAGACAGAAAAUGGCCCAGCCAACCAUUCCCCAGAGCACCAAGAGUGAACACGCAAUUGUGCACAGUAAAGAGGAAAAAAGUACAACCAUUGAGGAGAAAAAGCCACGUUCUUAUUUUAACAUGGAGUGGGCCGAGAAGGUGAAGAGGGCUGCGUCGCGGAGCCCAAGCCGACCUCAGACCAACGGGGACCCAUCGGAGAGGGAGGACAAGGAGAAUGAGAAGGUGAGGGAGAAAGGAAAAGGCAGCUCAAGGAACCAAGAUAAGAAGGAAAGAGGAAGGUCACUGAAGAGAGAAAACAGGACCAACAAGUACGCCUCUACCGGGAAACACAAAUACGAGGAGCACAUCACCAUGGAGGGGGAUGUGAUGUGGGUGGGCAGCGGCAGCCGGAGGAGCGGCUACCUCCUCUUCAACUGUGCCACCCUGGAGGACCCGCCCAAGGACACCAUGGCCCACAAAUACACCAUGACCUUCAAGUUUUCACAGUCCGACUCGAAGCUCAUCCGCAUGUUGAUGGAGGCGCACGGCUUCAACGAGGUGGAGAGCAGCAGUUCCUUCUUCAACCUGUACUGGGGCAACGCUCACUUCAACCCCAACGAGAUCCGGCAGCUCCAGGACUGGCAGAAGGUCAACCACUUCCCCAGGUCAUCCGAGCUCACCCGCAAGGACCGGCUGUACAUGAACAUCAAACGCAUGCAGCGGCAGUUCGGGGUGAAGCUUUUUGACUUCAUCCCGACCAGCUUCAUCCUGCCCACCGAGUAUCGGGACUUCUGUGACACCCACCUGCGGGAGCGAGGGACGUGGAUAGUGAAGCCGGUCGCCUCCUCCCAGGGCAAGGGGAUAUACCUGAUCAACCAGGUGGAUCAAGUGCCUGCUGAUGAGACCUCUCUGCUGUGCCGCUACAUCGAGUCUCCGCUGCUGGUGGACGGCUACAAGUGUGACCUGCGGCUCUACGUGGGUGUGACCUCGCUGGACCCGCUGGUGGUGUACCUGUACGAGGAGGGGCUGGUGCGCCUCGCCACCGUCAAGUACCAGCAUGGCAAGAACCUCUGGAACCCUUGCAUCCACCUCACCAACUACUCCGUCAACAAGUUCCACUCCAAUUAUGUCCAAAAUGAAGACCCCGAGGUGGAUGACCAGGGGAAUAAGUGGUCUUUGAGUGCCUUUCUGCGGCACCUGAAGAGCCAAGGCAUCGACACGGGCGCGCUGAUGAGGUCCAUCGAAGACGUGAUCAUCAAGUCGCUCCUCGCCGCCUCUUACCAGAUGAACACCGCCACCAACAUGUUUGUGCCUCACCCCCGCAACUGUUUUGAGUUGUACGGGUUUGACAUCCUGAUCGACAGCCAGCUCAAGCCUUGGGUGCUGGAGGUCAAUCUCUCUCCCUCCCUCAACAUUGAUCAGCCUUUGGACCUGAAGAUCAAGUCGGCGAUGCUUGCUGACCUCUUCUCCCUCGUUGGUGUGCCGGUGGUCAAUCCCUACUCUGCCAAGAUGUCCUCACGCCCCUCCGUGUUCCGAAAAUUACCGUUCCUGCGGUACUCCAUGGACGCCUAUGAGAGAAACCAAUUCACCAAGAGUGGCCCAAUCGUCCCCACCCCGGAGGAGCUGCGGAUCGUAAGGCAAGUGCGGGAGGAGUACGAGAGGCGGGGUGGCUGGGCGCGGAUCUUCCCCACCCCGGACUCAUGGGCCUUGUACGGGGGGCUGCAGGAGUACGAGAGCCCCCUCAACUUGGUCCUCCACUACCACCUCUACCCGCACGUGCCUCGGACUAACAGAUUCGGCCGAGUGGCAACUGGCCGUGUGUCUGGGGUGUCCAGCAGUGGUCUGGCUUCCUCCCUGGAGCGGCUGACCUGUUAUGAGCGCGCUUUGCCCAAGGGGCUGAUUUUCUUCAAGAACAAGAAAAACUUGGGCCCCAACAAGAAGGAGGAGGAAAAUGAAUGCAAAGACUUGAAGAAGGUGAAAGCCAGUGUUUUGAAGGCACUGGAGAAUGGCUUGGCACUCAGCAAGUACCAGGCACGCAUGGCCUUCUCCGUCUACCUGCAGCACAUCCAGAGGCGGCUGAUGAUCGGGUGUGACGAGGAGAAACAGACGGACCUAGUGUACCGCUUCCUCCGCUCGGCCUCCCGAACGCUGCACUCGCCCUUGAACAUUCAGGUGAGAAACCCUAGCAAGACACUGCCCUCAGAGGCUCGGGCAGUUGUCAUUUCCAAGCAGCUCGGGGACUUCAUCCAAGCCUACACCAAGGAGACUCACAUCUACCUGGACCCUACCACAUCAGCCUCCUGCUCCUCCCUCUCCUCCCAGUGCCCUACAACCACCACCACAUCCUCGGAGCCAUCCACACCCUAUGUCACCUCUCCGCCAUACACCUCCACCUUGUCCAUUAACUCCCCCCCUGCUGGGUCGUCCGUUUCCCUGCUCUCUGGAUCCAUGAGUGCUUCAACCUCCUUCAUUAACCAUGCCUCGGCUGCUGUGUGCGGCUCCUCAGCUUCUAUCAAUUACUCAGGUUGUGCCCCCCACCCCGUCACCUCCACUUGUUCUUUAGUUCCCCCUCACCACCCAGUCGAGACCCGAGACUUGUACACUCCAGUUAAAGAGUCUACUUCCCUUGUGUCAGUCAGUAAUUUGUCGGCAGUGUCAUUCAGCAGCUGCUCCUCUGCCACUAAAAGAAAUGGGUCUCCCUUGAAUAAGUCAGCAUCAGCCCUCAGCUCCCUUGCAUCAGUCAGUAAUGUGUCUAGUGUGUCCCUCAGCAGUGUGUCCUCUGUGUCAGUCAGCAACCCUUCCCCUCUCAACCAGUCUCUCUCUGUCUCUUCCUUCAGUAGUCCUCUUUCUCUCUCUAACUCAAGCUCCUUUGCUUCCACUAACAACUCUUCUUCUAUUCCCUUUUCAGCCUCCUCCAAUUCCAUUUGCAGCCCACCAUCUGUGUCAGUAACUGGCUCUUCCACUUCAAUUAACCUCCCACCACCUUCCAAAACCCCAUCUUCUGUCUCAAUAGCUUCCUUCAACUCCGCCUCGGACAUUGGAGGGGAGACCGCCUCUUUGCCUCCUAGAAUUCGGAGGUUAAAGUCGGAUGGAGACAAUUCCUUAUCUGUGAUCGACGACGGCAACAAGAUGUCCACCAGCCUAGACUCAGCUGAACUAGAAAAGCGAACAGCCCCUGAGCCACAGUCACUACAGCAGCAGCAGCAGCAACAGCAGGAGGAGCAGGACCAACAGCAGCAGCAGCAACAACAGCAGCAGCAACAGCAGGCCAGGGACGAGCACAUCACCAUGGACCUUUACCGUGCUUUCAUGUCCAAUGCUGGCGAGAGUGACCUUGAGGAGGUGCUGGCGCUGCAGACACGCAUGCACAACUCCGCCGGUGUGUUCCUGGAGGCCAACCGUCGCUCCCGUUACUUCCCCAGCGGCUCUCACUCCGGGGCGGGGACGACCACCUCCCACCCCUCCACCACUGCCUCCUCCACCUGCAGCUCCCGGCCCCGCACCCCCAACGCCUCGCCCCACGGCUCGCCCCGCCGCGCCCGUCGCUCCCCAUCCACUGGGAGUCACACGAAAGUUGGGGAGGCGCCCGUCACCAACGAACCUCACUCCCAGAAUAGUGAAGCACCGCCCCCUCACCCCCAACCUAACCCAGACCCGCCCCCUCCUGCCUCAACCUCCUCCUGCUCCUCCACCACCGCCACGACCACCACUACCGCCACCACCACCACGCCAGCUCCCCCAGCCCAGGCCCAGCAGCCCCCCCCCGCCCAGCAGCAACAGCCAGCCACCACCACUGCCUCCUCCUGCUGUCUCUUUGGUAACAUCCUCAAGGCAAGUCUGAAGGGAACCAAUACGUUUAUCUCGUGAGAGCAGAUCACGAUAGCUUUAGCUUGUUAUGUUAUUGGUACUGCCAUUCACCAGGUCAUACAAGAAGGUUAGUUGAGGGAGGGAAGCGCGUUGUCUGGGCAGUGUUGUCAACUCACACGUUUUAGUAAUACUUUUGAAGAGUUUGCUUUGCAUCCAUAGGUACAACUGAAGGAAAUCUGACACCUUUUUGCAUACAGAAGCAUUUGCCACUUUACAUAGUUGCCUUCUUAUGGAAUUCUUGUUAGGGUGAAUAUACCAGGAUGCUGUUUUGGCAGGACUGCUUAGCCAUAUGCAGGAAUUUGGAAGCAGAGAAUCAACUGUUUAUUUUUUCUGUCAGUUUGUCACAAGGAGACUAUCGGAUCUUAGAAAGUUGUUAAAUAAAUGAUCAUUAUUGUAGGUUGUAUGGAGCCUUGCCUAAACUAUCUAAUUGAAGCAGCUGAACAGUGGAAAGCCAGUGAGAGUCUUGGUAGAGUACGCAGGGGUGGGCGGGGCACAGAGGCGGGCAGGCAAGGCGUUGAUCAGCUAGGAAGGGUUGAUGAGGAAUGGCACAGAUUUGGGAAGACUCAGGGAAGACACAUUCAUGAGAGUUGUCUUUCUUCUGACUCUUCUUCAAAUGUCUGAUAGUGGUCAUGGAAGGCAGUUCAGGUUGAGAAUGAUACACUUCAAAAUGCUUUCUUUCCCUUAAAAUUGAGGUGUUACGCUUCAUUGCCAUAAUUCCUCACCAUCUGAACCCAGUCAUAUUUCCUGCAAUUUACAUUUUGGGUCCUCUCCGGCAUGACUGCUAUUUGUCGCAGACUAUUUUAUAAUUACUAUGCAAUUAUGGAUACAGUUCAUAUACCCUUACCUGCCAUAGAGGGGUAGGCACUGUCAUAGGUUGUACUAAUGAGUUAUGGGGCGGUGCAAGUGUUUUGAGCCGCGGUGUGUACUUAUGUUCCACUUUCGUCUGAGUAUUCAUUUUGGGUAUCGGCGGAUUUUUUUUUAUUUAAUUUUUUUUUUUACAGCUAAAGAAACAGCUCAAGGGCAACAAAAAAGGUUAAAAAAAAAUCCCGCUAAGGAGUAUGAGAAUAGGUUGAUGUGGUUAUGUUGGUUUGUGUGUUGAUACAGUUAUGUUGUGGAGGACGCCUUGUGAGGACACCUUUGUUCUGGGGCACGCUUGACCUCUGUAAGCUUCCUCAGGGUAUGUGUGCUGUUAAACUUUCCCCUCAUAUCAGAAAGAAAAAAAUACAGAAAAAUUCAAGUUUCCGCUCACAUCAGAAAGAAAAAAAUACUGAAAAAUUGAAGUUUCCACUCAUAUCAGAAAGAAAAAAAUACUGAAAAAUUGAAGUUUCCACUCAUAUCAGAAAGAAAAAAUACUGAAAAAUUGAAGUUUCCACUCAUAUCAGAAAGAAAAAAUACUGAAAAAUUGAAGUUUCCACUCAUAUCAGAAAGAAAAAAAUACUGAAAAAUUGAAGUUUCCACUCAUAUCAGAAAGAAAAAAAUACUGAAAAAUUGAAGUUUCCACUCAUAUCAGAAAGAAAAAAAUACUGAAAAAUUGAAGUUUCCACUCAUAUCAGAAAGAAAAAAUACUGAAAAAUUGAAGUUUCCACUCAUAUCAGAAAGAAAAAAAUACUGAAAAAUUGAAGUUUCCACUCAUAUCAGAAAAAAAAUAAUACAGAAAAAUUGAAGUUUCCCCUCAUAUCAGAAAGAAAAAAUACAGAAAAAUUGAAGUUUCCCCUCAUAUCAGAAAGAAAAAAAUACUGAAAAAUUUACGUUUCCACUCAUAUCAGAAAGAAAAAAAUGCAGAAAAAUUUACGUUUCCACUCAUAUCAGAAAGAAAAAAAUACAGAAAAAUUUACGUUUCCCCUCAUAUCAGAAAGAAAAAAAUGCAGAAAAAUUUACGUUUCCACUCAUAUCAGAAAGAAAAAAAUACAGAAAAAUUUACGUUUCCCCUCAUAUCAGAAAGAAAAAAUACAGAAAAAUUCAAGUUUCCCCUCAUAUCAGAAAGAAAAAAUACAGAAAAAUUUAAGUUUCCCCUCAUAUCAGAAAGAAAAAAUACAGAAAAAUUUAAGUUUCCCCUCAUAUCAGAAAGAAAAAAAUACAGAAAAAUUGAAGUUUCCCCUCAUAUCAGAAAGAAAAAAAUACAGAAAAAUUGAAGUGUUCACUCAUAUGAGAAAGAAAAAAAUACAGAAAAAUUCAAGUUUCCGCUCACAUCAGAAAGAAAAAAAUACAGAAAAAUUCAAGUUUCCGCUCACAUCAGAAAGAAAAAAAUACAGAAAAAUUCAAGUUUCCGCUCACAUCAGAAAGAAAAAAAUACAGAAAAAUUGAAGUUUCCCCUCAUAUCAGAAAGAAAAAAAUACAGAAAAAUUGAAGUUUCCGCUCAUAUCAGAAAGAAAAAAAUACAGAAAAAUUGAAGUUUCCCCUCAUAUCAGAAAGAAAAAAUACAGAAAAAUUCAAGUUUCCACUCAUAUCAGAAAGAAAAAAAUACAGAAAAAUUCAAGUUUCCCCUCAUAUCAGAAAGAAAAAAAUACAGAAAAAUUUAGCGAAGAUGUAAAAAUCAACUAAAAUAAUGGUCGAUAAACAUUUCAAUUUAUCAGUAGUUCAUUAUUAAAUUUCAUCUCCAUUUUCCGGCAUUCCCUUACUAGACAUUUUUUUUACAGCAAAGGAGGCAGUUCAAGGGCAUAAAAAAAAAAACAAUGGUGAAAAAAAAAAGCCCAUUCAUGUCCGUAAUCAUCAACUCUAAAACCCACGGCAGCUUCUAUACUAUUUUUCAUCCACAUUAAAUUCCACUUAGUCCAUUUCCCGUCACUGUUUACCUGGUUUGUUUGUGCCAUACUAAGAGAGAUGAUUGACAUGUUGAACGAAGCCAUGGACCCGGCAUAUUGAAAGAAAGCUUGUCAGGAAUGGGGUCAAUAGAGUAAUGAUGUUGGCACUGAUCUCAAGGGAAGGUCUUAGAUGUGAGGAGAAGGAGGAGGAGGAGGAGGAAGAGGAGGGAGAACACAGGGAUGAGCUACAACGGUUUAAGUAAAGCUAGAAAAGGAUAACAGGGUCUUGCAGAGUAAUAAUAUUGUUGACACUGAUCUCAAGGGAAGGUCUUCGAUAUGAGGAGGAGGGAGAAUACAAGGAUGAGCUACAACGGUUUAAGUAAAGCGAGAAAAAGAUAAACUGUUUGGUUGAUGCGAGACCAUGGUGGAGUCAAUUAUCUGUCUAUUUCUUAAAAACCAGACGCUUUUUUUUUAACAAAGGAGACAGCUCAAGGGCACAAAAAAGGAAACAGUAAUAAAAAAAAGCCUGCUACUCGCUGCUCCUAAAAAGAAUCCAAAGAGGUGGCCGAAAGAUAGGUCAAUUUCGGGAGGAGAGUUGCCUCUGAUCCCGGGAAGCUUACAUUGCCAAUUAGGUGUCACUCGCAAGGUGUGUUCAGCUUUACCAAGUCUCGGUAUACAGAAUAUGUUACCUUAAGUUGUGUACAAACCUCUGCUUUAAUUAACUACAGUACUUCUAAAGAUGAUUACCUCUUUACAAUAAUGAUACUCUACAUAUAUGCAUCUUGAGAAGAGUCCGAUGAAUGCUGCUUUCUGGCUGUGGCUUAUGAUGGUCUGUAUGUCUGUCUGGUUACGACGGCAUCACCUGCAGCUAAAUCGAAGGUCACAUUUACGCCCUGAAGGAAAAUCGUCUCCCAAAUUUCUCUUUUCCUAUUGUCGGUUUAACCAAUUUUACUUUUCUUUUCCGUUUGUUCGUUUAACCGUUUUUCCUUACCAAAUGUGUAGUGCCAUGGAGACUGUGUGCUCUCAAGGGGGGACGGUGUGCUGGAAAAAGUGCUGUAGUUUUCGUUAUCUACAGGAACUUACGGAACACCGGUUAUUUAUUUUUCGUUUCCGAGUGAGAUUAUUCCGAGCAGCUUUAACGCUUGUGUGCUAGUAGUUGUAUUUAUGCUGUUUUGAUUUAGCACCAUUGUCACGGGGUGGAGAGGAUAUUCACACACCAAGAAAAUGAGUGACGGAAAAUGUAUGCUUUCAUGAACACAAACACAAACACACACACACACACACACACACACACACACACACACACACACUGCGACAUGAGGCAAGAAAUUGUGACCCUGUUGUCGUGGUGUGUUGUGUGAGUGGUCUCGGUCCUACCCAAGGAUCAGUACUAUGAGCUCUGUGUCCUUCUGUAGGGGAAUGUCUGGCUGUUUUGAGAGAGACCCGCAGCAGACCAAGAGGUGAAUUACACACACACACACACACACACACACACACACACACACACACACACAUUUUUCCACCCGCACCCUUUCCCUUGAGUGGCCAAUUCCCUUCAUCUUGCCUAGUAGUCCGUUAGUUUUUGUGCCUUCCAGAAAUGCUUCGAUGCUGCACAAUCAGCAUGUUUUCACCCAUCCAUGCUUUUUGCUCUGCCUUUUCCAGUUUUUGCUUGGCACAUCUCUAUGAUAAUGUUUUUCUGGUGUUUUGAAAUAUACCAACAUGUUUUGUACCUUCAAUUCUGGUAACCCACACAUUGCUCUUCAUAACCUAAGCCACAUAACACAUUUUCCGACCUGACCCUUGCGUCACAUCCACCUACACGUUAUGAGAAGUAUUUCCUAACUCAAUUCAACACAUUUUCCGACCUGACCCUUGCGUCACAUCCACCUACACGUUAUGAGAAGUAUUUCCUAACUCAAUUCAACACAUUUUCCGACCUGACCCUUUUGACACAUCCAUCUACACAUGAGAAAUAUUUCCUAGCCCAACCCGGCCCUUCUAUACACGUCUGUUAGCCACCGAAACUAUCCAUUCCAAACACUGUUGUCUGCUUCCUGUUAUAUUUUAGUUACUUCCUUGUAUGUGAGUUGGAAGAAAUUGUGUCCCUUUCUCCCCUGCAUCCCUCAGUCUCCAUCCUCAUAUGUCCUUCUGUCUAAUCGUGGGACAUUCAUCCGGCAAAUGUUCGCUUCCAUUUUUCUUUCAGUGAUCCGCCUUUCUUCACGUGUUGCCACAUCAUUGUUAACGUUUACGAACAAACCGCAAUGGAUUAUUUCUUCCCUCCCACCAAGCAGACUUUUUUUCAGUGUAUAGUUUCCAGCAGAUGCCUUGCAGCUGCUAAAGGUUAGUGUGUGUCGGGUGGUUGGCAACACUGUGGUUUGUUGUUUGCUGGUGUUUGAGAAUUCUUCAUUACUCAGACGCCUGGAGUAGAAGUAACUUAUUGAUCCUUAUUUAUUCAGUUACUUAUGCAUCUUCAAUUCCAUAUUGUCUGUAUAUUUAAUGGUAUCCUGUGGAUCGCCUAAAGCUAGCUGCUUUAAAUAGUGUUAAGUACUUCUAGGUGUACUCUCUGCCCCCUAAUUGUGUAUAAAGUUACAAUGCAUCCAGUGUCCCUCCAGACGGUGUUCAUAGAGGAGGCUGUUCUGUUCCACCCAGACCUUGAGUCCCAGCCAAGACUCCUGUGAUAGUUAUCGUUAACUUAGCGUCAUCAUGUGGCUUUCUUUUGUGUCACCCGGUAGUCUCAGGUAUAGGAUCAGCAGUACAUAUUACUACCUGUCUCUAGCAAUACUUCUCAACACUGGGCAGCUAACAGAGACUUUUUGUACAGUACUUAACAUCCGCUCUCUUGGUGUAACCUCGAAAAGGUCACUUUGGCCUCCCUUGUUGUAAUGGACGUCUGUGAUUCCCAGUCGUGUAGCAUUUCCAAGUCAAGGAGCUGCUUCUGUUCACUCUUAUGUUGUACUUAAUAUUCAUGUAUUCAGGUAAUGCUGUAGAGCCUCGGUUAACUGUCACUGCCAUGAUGAUAUUCUGGCAGGCUGAUUAAUAGUCAAGGACACCCUAUUAAGCAUGGAUUUGUACAGGACUUAUAUCAAGGAAAUAACAUUUAACUUUUAUGAAAUACAGUAAUCAGUCCGUCAUGUUUGGCUGAAGUUUCCUCUGCUCUUUGCCAAACCUGGGACGCUAUAUUCUCACGGUCACAAAAGCUUCAGCAUUUAUCAGGAAACUGAACUGCAGUUUCUGUACAACUUUUAGGUCCAGACUACUUCAUAUUACAACUUUGUUUUGUGAACUGCCUGUCUGGGGAUAGUUUACAGUUUGAUAGACAGUGAUAGCACACUUCCUUUCUAACGUUUUGUCUGUUGUUGGAUCAGUAAUGGGUUUUAGAUCCUUUAUAUAAGUUGCAGAUAAUUAUUUUUAAUAUUUAUGCAUUGGGAAUUGCCCUAACUGCCAUAUGAGUAUCUGUGACACUUCCUAGGGGGGUGCGGUACCAUACUUUACUGUCAGUGUCUUAGCCAGUGGAAGGAGAUUGCAUGACUUGCUUCCCACCAGACCUUGUGGAAGACUCCUCCUAACUAUCUGUCGUAGGCUGUUUGUGAAGCUCAGUAUUACCACCAUCUCGACAGGAAACACACACACACACACACACACACACACACACACACACACACACACACACAUACACACAAAGAAAUAUAGAGGUUUGGAACAGAUUAAGUGAAGAAAUAGUAUCGGCGAAGAGUGUGCAAAGUUUCAAGGAAAAGUUGGAUAAUUAUAGAUACGGAGACGGAUCCACACGAGCGUAAGCCCAUGCCCUGUAAAAUUACAACUAGGUAAAUACAACUAGGUAAAUACACACACACAUACACACUUGCACACUUUCUCACUCUCUCUAUUCCUCUGUCUCCUGAUGAGUGGGCAGGUUAGUGGUUGUUGUACCGUGUUGUCUCCAUAGGCAGCUCAAGGGAAGGGAGAAGCUUCAGAGCGCAGUCAGCUUUAACUAUUGGCUAAUAUUAAAUCUAGAUGCUUUAACAGACACUAACAACUCCGCUCAUACACGAUGUUUCACGGGAAAUAUUGUCGAUAUGAUUUUGUCACACUUUUGGUCAACAUUCUCAAUAUCCGCCAACAGUUUUCCUAUUCAUGACUUGGUUGUUGAAAGUUGUUUGUAAGGAAAAGUAUUUAUCAUGUAAGUUCUUGUUUCUUUAAGUAUGUGUGUGGAGGGAGGAUGGGCAGGCUAUGUGUUAGGUGAGGGAGGGGGUACUGGUGCAAAGAGGAAAUGGUGAUGGAAACGUAGAGGCAGCUAAGAAUAGUUAUGAAGAAUGUUGGGGCUCCAGAGAUUAACUUGUCUAUAUAAAGUCCAAGAUGUGAGGGAGGAGAUAUUGAUGAAACAAGGAACUGGUGAUGGAAACAAAUAGAGGCAGCUAAGAAUGGUAAUGAAGGAGAUUGAGGCUCUAGAGAUUAACUUGUGUGUAUAAGAGUUUAGGGAAAUGGUAAUGGAAACAAAUAGAGGCAGCUAAGAAUGGUUAUGAAGGAGAGUGAGGCUCCAGAGAUUAACUUGUGUGUAUAAGAGUUUAGGGAAAUGAUGAUGUAAACAAAUAGAGGCAGCUAAGAAUGGUUAUGAAGGAGAUUGAGGCUCCAGAGAUUAACUUGUGUGUAUAAGAGUUUAGGGAAAUGGUAAUGGAAACAAAUAGAGGCAGCUAAGAAUGGUUAUGAAGGAGAUUGAGGCUCCAGAGAUUAACUUGUGUGUAUAAGAGUUUAGGGAAAUGGUAAUGGAAACAAAUAGAGGCAGCUAAGAAUGGUUAUGAAGGAGAUUGAGGCUCCAGAGAUUAACUUGUGUGUGUAAAGUGCAAGAGUUAAGGGAAAUGAUGAUGUAAACAAGUAGAGGCAGCUAAGAAUGGUUAUGAAGGAGAUUGAGGCUCCAGAGAAAGUGCAAGAGUGGAGAUUCAACAAAGCAGAACAGGAAGGAAGGCCAGUGGAGUACAGCGGUGAUAAGUCUGAAUAUAUUCCCUCAAUAAUUUCCUUUCAAGAAAUCAAAAUGGAGUUUGGUUUUCAAGUGGAGAGCCUACCUUGGUCUAGGCAACAGGUCAGUCGGGAAAUUUUGAGCAUUGCGAGUAAAUAAGCAAAAAUGAGUCAGGAAGCAGCUUAUGUGAUAGCUAUUGCACAUUUCCUUGUCUUCAGUUCCGUGAGGCUGCAGUUCCCGGGAAAAUGACCCUUAUGUGCAUUGUAUAAAGGUUAAUGGUGAAGUUGUGAUUAAUCAUAUGCACGUCUUGUUAAAGAGAAUCACUGAGGAGUAAACACAGGGAUUUAGGGUAAUUAGCAUCCAUUCCUUUGCGUAAAUGAUAUAUAUAUUAUUAUUAUUUUUUUUUUUAAACAAAGGAGACAGCUUAAGGGCACACAAAAAAAGGAAACAAUAAUAAAAAAAAAGCCUGCUACUUGCUGCUCCCAAAGAGAAUCCAAAGAGGUGGCCGAAAGUGAGGUCAAUCAAGCUCCAGUUGAUACGUUAAGUACUGGCUAUGUGAGGGUUCCACAGUGCUGAUACAGGCUGAUGUUUACGCCACAAGACUGGGUUCAGUGGUCUCAAUAUCAGGCCUGCCAGGGUGAUGGGGCUUCAGAAUGGGUGAUCACGCAGGUUUGGGGUAAAUGCAGCUUUAGUUUGUAAUAUUUAAGGUUCGUAUUAGUAAGACACACGGCAGAGAAUUAUUGGCUGAAGGUUGGGUUGUUGUGAGUGGACUUGAGUCACACAAAAUUAAGGUUAAUAUCUGUGAGUCCUUUUCUUCUACUUCUAAUUUCUUGUUCCAAAUUCUCAUCUUCAAGCCUACACAUUGAAGUGUUAAAUUUAAUCCUUCCGAACCAGACGUCCUCAAAAGAUUCGGCCAAAUCAUUGUAUCAUCAAGAUGUGUUGAACUAUGUAAAAUUUCUCGUCCCCGUCCUAGAAAUGCAUCACUUCAUUGUGAAAAAUUGUGCACACAUUUAAUCGUGAUUGUGGAUCGUGACAGAAUUUCCUGCAGUAUUUUUGUAGUUGUGGCGACAAAAGCUACGAGUGUCUACAGCUGUUGUGUCGGGUCAGUAAGUUGGUCCUGUCUGUUAGGGUGGAGGCAGUGUCUGUCAGGAGGGUGUGGCAGCUUCCUCCUGGAGGUAUGUACGAGCCAAAGGUUAUCAAGAUAUUCAAGAGCUGCGGCUUACCAAAUUAUCAGAGGCUGUUGCCAUAUAAGAUACUAGUGUCCAAACUAACAUUAAUAGUGUAAUGGUAUGCUUUUUACUUAUAUACUUCUUAACUAAUGUUCCCUCCUGCUUCUAGCCUCUUGGUCAGAGUUGGAGAUCAUUCAAUCUUUCAACAAUCUUCUGAUAUUUUUUUCAGUUAAGGUUUGGUUCAGUUUUUCAGUCACAUGAGUCAGCUGAAAUACAUAUCAAAACAAUUCCAUACUUAUUUGAAUCACCUCAAAAGGCAGUCAGACAUUAAUAGCAAUACAUAUUCACAUAAGGUUUGGGCGUUUGCUGUGUCACAAUGUUUUAUUCAGAAUCACACAGUCUGCUGCCUAUUGGCUUGAUGAGUUAACAUGAAAUCAUUCACACACAAGAACUGUUUGUCAUUGGUCCUUCUUUUAAGUGAAAUAUUUGAGAGGUUCUGAGAGGCUGUCUGUUGGCUGUUGGUGGUGCUGCUAUCCUAAGUGAGGGCAGAGUAGCGGAGUAGCCGGAAGUCCUUGUUUAAUUUAGCAUUUUUAUCUUCGGUUGCUUUUUCUAGUCUGCGUUACACUCUUUGUUUACAUUGUUCCCUGACUCAUGAGCACCAGUGGCUUUUUGCAAAAUGUGGUGAACAAUCAUUAGGUGUAAGUGGAGAGCAGCGAAGGAGGAGGAGGAGGAGGAGGAUGAACACACUACGCAUUACUUCGCUGUGAAUGCCUUGAAAGCUUAUUGCUGGUAAAGAAUAUGACUUACGAUUCAGUGGAAAUUAUUGAGAUUAUUUGGCUUUUAGUUACUUCUGUCUUAGAUUCUUAUUAGUGUAGUCUUAUAGUGUGCUGCCUGAGUGUUAGGGUGCUGAGUCUCUGCCUGUGUGUCUUGGAUUUUGUAGAGUAAGUUUGUCAGUUUGUUCAGCCCAUAUCAGUUGCAGUAGGAUCACAAAUAUCCCACAGUUGCAAAUAUCACGCGACUCCAAAUAUCAAGGAGUUGGGAAUAUGAAACUGCAAAUGUCACUCAACUCCAAAUAUCAUGCGAUUCCAAAUAGUAAAUAACUCAAUUAAUGAAUGAACAUCAGGGAGGAGAGAAUAUGCAAUCGUCAAGAGUAGGAGAGACUCGAUCAUAGCCCGUUCAACCCCAUAAGGAAAAAUUAGGAUGUUAGAUAAUAAUAAUAAAACGAAGGAUGAAUAAAUGAUGUGAGUUGCAAAAUAAUCAACCCUCAAAAUGAUCUUUGCAAUACAAGUCCUUGAAUCUACUGUACAGAAAACAGAAAAAAAAUUAUAGAACUAUCAAACUUUUGCUUACAACUCAACAUUUAUACGUCAAUUCACUUUUCGCUAAUGCAAGAAAUAAUCAUAGUGGUGUUUACAUACUGGCAAACAUACUCUCCUUUUUUUUAUAUGUGAAGGGCAAAUCCACUUACGUUCUUGUGACCUGCAUGUUUUUUUGCUUGCACCGAGCCGAGCCAUGGCACGCAACACCCGAGUGGCCAGCAUCUUGUGUUUCUUUGUACCUCAGACUGACAUGUGCCUGGCAAUGAAGCUACACUGUCCUGGGUAUGUUAGUCUUGGCCAUUUAUACUCUUAUUUUGUCCCUCCAUUGUCCUGCCAGCGAGCGGUGGCCACAUUGCCCCUCGGCACCUCCAUUCCAAACAUUGGUCAUGGCAGCAACACUUUUCACUCCACUCCUGGACACAAAAAUUAGCGACAAGUGAUUUUUUUAUUUAUUUAUUUUAUUUUUACAGGAAGGGAAGUAGCUCAAGGGCAUAAAAAAAAGAGUUGAAAAAAAAGCCAACUAAUCGUUGCUCCUAAAAAAAGAUAAAAGUAAAGACUGGCCAAAAGAGAGGUCAAUUUUUGGCAUGGAAGGUUUGGUUGAUGGUGUUGUGCUCGGAUGUGGUUUUGCAAAGUCAGGAAUAGUUUGUCCUCUGUUGUAAGAUGUGAAUAUUGAACUAAGAACCGAAUCCACAAAGAAACAGUAACUUGUAUUGAAUGUGUGUGGUUUGUGAAUAGCUUUUGAGGAUGUGAAAAAUUUGUAACAGUAAAGGAAACUUGUAAAUAUGGAAAUCACCUGUAGAGUUUUAGGAACCUCCAAAACUCAAAAAUUUACUUUCAUAUAAAUUAAGAGAUAUUGAGAUGAAAACUAAAGACAGAAAUGAAAACCAAACUUGUUGAAAAUUCAUAAAAGGAAAUGAGACUUGUAAAUAUGGACUUGUAAAUUUCCUGUAGAGUUUUAGGGAUUUUAGGGACCUCUUACCUAAAAUUUACUUUCAUAUAUAAAUUUAGAGCCUAGAGAGAGAGAGAGAAAAAAACUGAGUGAAUACCAAACUUGUGCGAGAGUCUGUUGGGCGCUGGUGCUGGUUAAGUAAGCAACAGCGGCAGCGGAAAACCUAAUUACCUCGGAAUAAAGAAUUCUUAGACUUAACACACACCGCAGUUACCCGUAAACUUAAGCAUUAAAUUACAUAUGAUAACUAUAACAUAAAGAUUAGAAGUGUUAAUAAAAUGGUUAAUCUUAAGUUAAAAACAAUUGUACAUAAAAAUAAUCCAGGUAUGUAUUUGUACCUAUCAAUUGCAUACAGGAAAAACCGAACCUAAAUUUAAGGGGGAACUCUAGUGUGGCUGCAUGUACUUAGGCUUGAAGGUUAGGCUGAGGAGAGGCUUGUCUGGGGAUAGCGAUUAGCAGCUUAGGGGGAUCGGCUAGUCAGUAAAGUAUUAAAAAAGGCAAUGAUUGUAUAACUGGGGGACACAAUCAUGAGCAGUGGGUGUGAUGCUAUACAGUCGGGGCUUUGGGUGUGUGCGGCUGUGUGAAUUUGCUGCCUCGUCUGUAUCGUGUGGUCUGGCAAUGUAAAGUGAUUGUAAUUGCUGGGUGAAGAUUGUGCUCGUGAAGUAAGCGUGUUUCAGGGUCACCAAGUUAUCCCUUUGUUAACUGCAGCAGCAUAUCAAAUACCGUAUAUGCUCGUGUAAAAGUCAACGUCCAGGGCUAUAGGUAUGUUUGGUUGAGGAAUAGUGUUAAAUUACUUGAUAGAAAGCAGUGGUGUAUGUAUGUUCAUGAGACGGAAGGCCAAGUCAAGAUGAGGCUGUAUAAAAGGACUUUGUGGCUAUCCAUCUUAUACAUAUUUCCUUCCCUUUUUUAAGCAAUAAUAGUUACUAACCAAUUAGGAAAAGGGGGAACCAUGGCCAAGUGCCCCUCACCCCUCCAUGAAAAAGUUGUCUCCCAUGAACUUUACCCUUAAAAAUAUAAAAAAAUAAGACAGUUUGGCUUUUACACGAGCAUACACGGUUGUUCUAGUGGUUACGUUGUUAGUGCAAUUUUUCCGUUUGUGCCGAGAGGUCAGGAUAUUAUUUAGUGAUGACGUGUUAGCAGGGAAACCAAGGCAGAGUAUGUAGUGAGCUGUGAACAUGCAAGUGCCUGCCAGAAUGUAACGCAGUGAGAACUCGUACCGCAUUCAGUAAGUAGUGUGAGUGAGCGCCUUUGGUUUUACAUGUGUGUUUAUGAUUUGAAGUGUGAAGUUACGAGAAGCUGGGAAAUCUGAGCUCAAGUCUCUGUGUUAAAAUCUGUAAGCACUCACAUUUAAGAUUUUAGUUGUGAAGUUAUGAGAAGGUGGGAAAUCUGAACUCAAGUCUCUAUGUUGAAAUCUAUAAGCAUUCACAUUUAUGAUUUGAGAUACAAGGUUAAAGGAAGCUAAUGUCUGUGUUAAAAUCUGUAAUCAUUCACAUUUAAGAUUUGAGUUGUGAAGUUACGAGAAGCUGGGAAAUCUGAACUCAAGUCUCUAUGUUGAAAUCUGUAAGUAUUCACAUUUAUGACUUGAGUUGUGAGGUUACGAGAAGCUGGGAAAUCUGAACUCAAGUCUCUGUGUUGAAAUCUGUAAGCAUUCACAUUUAUGACUUGAGUUGUGAGGUUAAAGGAAGCUGGGAAAUCUCUAAUCUCUAUGUUGAAAUCUGUAAGCAUUCACAAUUAUGAUUUGAAAUGUGGAGUUACGAGAAGCUGGGAAAUCUGAACUCAAGUCUCUGUGUUGAAAUCUGUAAGCAUUCACAUUUAUGAUUUGAGAUGCGAGAUUAAAGGAAGCUGGGAAAUCUGAACUCAAGUCUCUGUGUUGAAAUCUGUAAGCAUUCACAUUUAAGAUUUGAGUUGUGAAGUUAUGAGAAGAUGGGAAAUCUGAACUCAAGUCUCUAUGUUGAAAUCUGUAAGCAUUCACAUAUAUAUGAUUUCAGAUGUGCAGGAAAUCUCAACUGAAGUCUCUGUGUUGAAAUCUGUAACCACUCACAUUUAGUUCAUCAUUCAGGUGAGAUUGUGUUUGUUUAGAUGUUAUGUUUGUUGAUAUUCCAGCGAGUUUCGAAUCCCAAUGGUUGACUCUUAGUUGUGGCGAGUGAGUCCCACAUUUAUCAUCAUUAGACUUGUAUUAGCUAGGUUCAUAUAUUCACGUUGCCAAAUUAGCCUUGUGUAUACAUGCCCAUUAGUUGACCAGUAUGUAAAUUAUUCACUUUUGUAUUAUAAUUGAUACGCCAGAGAAGGAGUAUUGAGUUAGUUGAUGUGAGUGACUAGUGGUGGUCUGUUGAUGUAGCGUACACAGAGAGAGUAGCAUUGCAGUACAGCACCGAGGCUUUGUGCAGGGACGCUGAGUGGCUGAGUGACAGACAGGAAGGCCGCCAAGAACGAUGCUAUUUUAGUGGUGAUAGGAGUCAUAACAGUGGAUAGGAAAGGACAUACUGACAUUCUAUAAGUGAAAAUUCUAUACUCUGUGCAGGGAAGGACGCUGAGUGGCUGAGUGGUUGAGUAACAGACAAGAUGGCUGCCAAGAACGUAUUUUAAUAUGAUGAUAGGAGCCAUAAGAGUAAAGGACUUACUGGCACGCUUAUAUGAGUGAAAAUUCCUCACUCUGUGCAGGGAGGGAAGCCAAGUGGUUGAGUAACUAACAUGACGGCUGCCAAGAUCGACGUAUUUUAGUUUGGUUUCAGGCAUAACACUAGAAAGGAAAGGACAAUACAAGUGAAGAUAACAAAAAUUCUGCACUUCUUUUUAAUUCCACAGCUGCUGAAGUGCUAGUAUAUGUUUGCACAGUAUUAGAAGGUGUUGGGAGUGUAAGCCAGUGGCACCCUAUAGUUGUAUUUUCUCCUGCACCUUGAGCGAGGGAAGAGCCGUGUCUGUCGUGACGCUGAACACAGGUAGGGCGCUGAGAGGGGCUGUAGUAGGAGGUGUCGGCAUUCCACUUUAGAAGUUAUUAAUGUAGAAACCAUCAACCGAAGAGUGAUAACUUUGAUGUAAGAGCAUGAAUGACUAUAACUGUACUGAGAAUAAUUCCCUUCAUAGAGAUGCCUUAACGCUAGGUACUUUUACUAACUUUGCCAAAACUAGUUCCAGUGUAUAUCUAAGCUUGCUAGUUUCGUAGAUCAACUUGUAGACCUUUCAAGUUGUCUGGGAACGGCUGCCUCGCCCAGGGACUUGCCUUGCUCACACUCCUCCGAGGGCCAAUCAAUGCUCUGUGGACAAUGGAAUCACCUCUCACUGACUCACUUCCAUUGCUUAACUCAUCCUUGUUUCUUGAUAUACAGUUGCAAUGAAUAUGGGAACUUGGGACACACUUUAUUUUACUAGUUUCUUAUACUUUUUAUGCUCAUUUGUCCUUCUCUUAGGGCCAAUCAAUGCUCUGUGAACAUUACUUACUUCAUCUUUUUUCCUCUACAUUUAAUUGCAAUAUAUAAGGGAACUUAGGGGACACUAUUUUACGGGUGGAACUUUUACUUAAACUUGUGUACUUUUUAACGCUUACUUGUCCUUUUAAUACAUUAUGGUGUACUUAUUGCAAGCUACUUAAUUUAUUUGUAAUCUUAAUUCUUAGUGUAACUUUCAACAGCAUUUCUUUAUAAGUUUUCUUAAAGUAUUUUCUCUCCUACUUAAAUAUCUUAUAAUGAACACCUUUCUCACACUGUUUUGCAUAUUACUUGAUUACUUAUUACAAGCUUUUUAAUUUGUUUGUAUUCUGUAUUCCUAGUGAAACUUUUAAAAGCACUUCUUAUACACAUUUUUCAAGUAUUUUCCCUCUUAUAUCAGUAUCUUAUUGUGAACACUUUCUGCAUUUUUUUUACUCAUAUUUCAAGUAUUCAAGAACACCUCUCGCAUACUUUUUAUCACAACUACUAGUGUGUGUGUGUUGGGUUGCUAUCUGAGGUCUUGAUUCAUGUUCCUUUCUUUUUCUUCAUUGAUUUGUUCCCCGCAUUACAUCACCUUUUUAAACACUCGUAAGGCAAAGUAAAGGUUGUACCAUUGCGCUGCAGGCAUUGAUCAGGGCACUGAGUUACCGUAUAGACCUUCUCAUCUCAAAGUCCUUCCUCCAGGCCUGUGUGCUUGAUCAAGGACUAAAUAUGAUCCCUCCCUAAAUAAAUAGCAUUGAUGUAUUAGCUAACUUAAACCUGGGUGUGAAAAUAAUAAGACUUUAGUGCUAAUCUAUAUGGUAGCUUGAGUGGAGUUCCCUGGGCAGGCUGUUUUCACCCCGUUUGUUUCCUCCCAUCUCAAGAACACCAGGAAUGUCUGUCUCAUCGCUUGACAGGUUCACUACAAUUCGCCUCAGAGUAGAACAGUCACAUAAUCAACAGGAUUCCUUCGUUCCAUUCACUGUUUUUUGGUGGGUCGCUUUAUUCAUGGUGGCCCGCCGAGUAAGCCAGCAAGUAUUGAAGUAGUCGAGAACAUGCCAACGGAGACUUUGAUGUAGUGUUAAGUCCUGUCUGAGCCAUGGAGUAGGAGAGUGUGGCCAGCAUGAUCACGGGUGCUAUGUUGUUACCCCAAAGCUGCACGAACCUCAUAUUGAAGCUGAUCUAAUACUGUUUUUGGGGGGCUGUAGGAACGGUCGGGAUCUCAAAACAGUGCAUAAGCCUUAAGCACAGAAAAACACCUAUCGUAUCAGCAUCAAUAUGAAGUUUGCGCAGCUCUUUCAGAGACAAGAUCUGCUGCCUGUGAUGGAGUCUGCCAAGGUCUUCCACUCUAUGGCUCUGGUCAGCACCAUAAAUAAGUUGCCAUGGGUCUGCCUGUGUCCUGAAUGGGCCUUGACUGAUCGAGGCUUUGCAAUAAGAGUCCCUUGGUUGGUUUCUCUGGUUCAUUCCCGGCAGUCUGCAAUAGAAGCCAAAAGUCACAACACCUAAUAUGGUUUGUUUUGUGGUCUUUGUUCUUUUUACUAGACACAUAUACAUAUGCAGAUAAUUUAGAAUAUGUUCCUGAUAUGUUUUAUACAUUUUUAUGAACCUGUAACAUGUUGAAAAGAAAUAAAUGCAAUUAUGAGUG